AUGUCGGAGGUCUGUCAGGAUAUCGGAGCAAAUCCGGGAUCUCCGAAUGUUCCGACUUGGGACCGAGGUUCCGGGAUGGGAGUGGCCAAGGUUCGGUGUGCCGCAACCAGACCGGAGCUGAGAAAGUCAGGAGGGAAGGUGACUUGGAGAGUGGGGAGGCAAGGUGUAGGGGAUGGUGAAGUUGUUAGGAAGAAACCAGAAAAAGAUAUGGAAACAGAUACACGCAAGAUCAGAAAUGAAGUAAUUGGUGGUGAAAGAUAUGCACGAGUCGAGGGGGGAAGCGCAGCAAGGGAAACAGGCAGGCAGCAGCAGCAAAAUCACGAGAUACGUACCUCUGCUGGUGUGGUCCGCUUCGCGCAUCCGCACCAGAAAACCCAGCGUACGACUGAGGCACAGUCCCUGGGUCCAUCAAAUGGUCAGGUUGUGCAGCAACUCAUGAAAGCAGCAAAGGGGCAAGUGUGGUGCUGA